GAUUAAAUCGAGGACUGAUUAAACAUGGAGUAUUCCAGGGGUUUGAUCUAUUGAACUUGUUUUUUUAUUGUAGCAGCUGCCAUGAAUGGCUGGGUUGAAGCUUCCAAGCAGUUCAAAGUGGGCGAUCAUAUAGGUUGGCAGCAGCCCAGUGUGAACAACCCUGAUGUGUAUAGCCAGUGGACGAGCAGUAAAAGGUUUCGUGUUGGAGAUUCCCUUUAUUUUGAGUUUGGUCGGAAUGAUUCAGUCCUUGUGGUGGACAAAUGGGAUUAUUAUCACUGCAACUCAAAUAAUCCCGUCUAUUUGUUUAACGAAGGAAACAUUGCUGUCAAUCUCUAUAGGCCUGGGUCCUUCUAUUUCAUCAGUGGAAUCCUCGAUCACUGCAAGAAUGGUGAGAGAUUGAUGAUCCAGGUGAUGGGUUUGCACCAAAGAGAAGAGCCUCCACCUGCCAUUGCGAAUCCCCAUGAGGCUGGGCUUGCACCGGGGCCUCAUCCUAGUUCAGGAAUAGUUGUUACAGUGGCACUUACUUCACUCUUUCUAGCUCUUAUCGUCACUGUUUUAGCUUUGGUAUGACGUGCACCGUAAACCUCUUAGUUUUCUUUGUUUUAGUAGUUUUUUCUCUCUCUCUUCAUUCAGUG